AGCAACGGAGAAUUUAGACCUAAAGCGCCAAAGAGAGAGCAAGCGAGAGAAAUGAUCAAGUCUCAAUCCGCCGUUCCGAAUUGCAGAAAUAGCUCCAUUUCGCCUUUUCUAAGAACCACCAGCCUCGCGCCCGCCGCCGGAGGCUGUUACCAAAGUUGGAUGCCGGCGGCCGUGCGGGGACGCAGCUGGACGGCUCUACCGCGCAAGUCGCGCUUAAUCUCUGGCCCGCGGGCGGCCAUGAGGGAUUUCGGGGCCGUUGUCGAGCUUCCGGAGACGAAGGGUAGCUUCUACGAGCUUCUAGGGAUUCCGGCGAGUGGGAGCACCGACGAUAUCAAGCGCGCCUACAAGCACCUCGCGAGGAAGUACCAUCCUGACGUCUCACCCCCGGAUCGCACGGAGGAGUAUACUCAGCGGUUUAUCGAGGUAAAGGAGGCCUAUGACACCCUCUUAGAUCCUUGUCACCGUGCCAUCUAUGAUCGCAACCUUGCUCGCAGCGAUCUCCACCUGGCCUUCUCCACCGCUAAGCGGCGCUUCCAUGAGGAAAUGGAGAAGGAAUCUUGGUUGCAGAAACGUUUUCAUGAUCAGCUUGUGGAGCUAAGCAGGAGGAGCACAAUGAAGAAUUCAGAAGAAAAUCUCUCUUGGGGAGCUCGUAUGCGAAGACGAAGCGCAGAAGCACCAGCAUAUUAGACUUUUACAGCAAAUAAUGCCCUUAGUCUCCUUCAGAAUUCUCUGGCGAAUGAAUGAUUGUAUUACUGUUUUUAAAGCAGUUUUUAAAUUAAAAAAGUUUGUACUAAAAGUUGCUUCAUAAAUUAAAUUAAUAAGAAAGUGCUUUUAUUUUAUAAAA